UUGUGUGCUUAGCAGUUACAGAGAGUUCACUUGGUUGGAAGACACCUUCUUCACCUAAGAACAUUUCUGAUGCUCCAAGAGGGUAUGUGGAGGUUCUGACUGCUUCUUCUAGAUCUAAUCCAGCUUUCCUUAUGAUAUGCUCUGCAUAGAGGUUGAACAGGAGCUGAACUCACCACAGUUAUGGCACCCAUUCAUUACCUCCCAUCAUUAAAACAUGUAGCGAUCUGUGGAGGCACACAUGGAAAUGAGAUGUCAGGAAUUUUCCUGGUCAAGCAUUGGCUACGGAAUCCCACUGAGCUGCAGCGUGACACAUUCCAUGCCACACCCUUCCUGGGUAACCCUCGUGCAGUUGACAAGUGCGUGCGUUACAUUGAUAGGGACCUAAAUCGCACUUUCUCAGCUGAAUUCCUCAAUUCAAAGGACUCAGAUAUAGAAUCCUAUGAGGUUCAACGUACUUGGGAGGUCAACCAGAUAUUUGGCCCCAAGGGCUCAUUUCAAGCCUAUGACUUCAUGUUUGACCUGCAUAACACCACAUCCAACAUGGGUGCCUGCCUUAUUGUGGACUCUGAACAUAGCCUGUUGCCCAUGCACAUGUGUAACUACAUUCAGAAACAUUACACAAAGAGCUCCUGCCCCAUAUUCCUUUAUCAGCUACCAGGAGAAGAGACUUACGGCAUCAGUUCAGUGGCCAAGGCUGCACUAGCAUUAGAGCUGGGUCCACAGCCUCAAGGGGUACUGCGAGCUGACCUCCUUGCUCAGAUGCAAUCCAUCAUGGCCUGUGCUCUGGACUUCACUGAUCUUUUUAACAAGGGCAUGUUGUUCCCAGCCUUUAAGAUCGAAGCACACAAGGUAGCUCAACGCAUAGACUACCCUCGCUAUUCUGACGGUGAGAUUUCUGCUGUGGUACAUCCAAAUCUGCAAGAUAAAGAUUUCCUACCCUUGAAGCCUGGGGACCCCAUUUUCCAGACAGUCAAUGGUGAGCCUAUUCUGUAUGAAGGCAAUGACAUCACCUACCCAGCCUUCAUUAAUGAGGCAGCCUACUAUGAGAAGAAAGUUGCCUUUGUCCUGAUGGAAAAACACACAUUCUCCUUACCAGCAUUGCAAAAGAAGUUUUAAACAAGUCAAGUUUAAUCAUGGUAACCAAACUAACAAUAUGCUGUGAGAAAAACAAUUACAAUUUGAAUGAUUUAUGUUCUGCACUAUUGUCAUGUGAGUUAUCUAAAGAAUACUUGCAAAGAAUAAAAAGAAUAUCAAUCAGU